AUGAAGACCAAAGACAGGAUCGCCUACUUCUACGACGGUGCUCCUCUCUCUCUCUCUCUCUCUACGAGCUCGCCCGCAUGGUUCGCUUCCGUCUCUGUAGAGCCCUUUCGCCCUGAGUUUUGAGAGAGCUAGUGGAGAGCGUACUGAUAAUUACGGGAGUCGAAUAUGAGAUCACGCGGGAGGUUGCGGAUAUUUACCGCUCUGGUUCAGAGUAGAGUCAAUGUGAAAUAAUUGGACGAAAAAUAAAAUGGACAAAAAAGAAACUGUUGUCUGGAGUCGCACGUCGUCAUAGAAGCAGAGAGGUUGGCAACGCAAUAAGUAGAUUUAAGAGAGGGGGAAAUAUAUAUAUAUUUUUUAGAAGAAAUUGGAAUCCAACCGAAGAAUUACAACAAAUCGUGGCGUCCUGAAAGUCAUUGGAUGCUAGUGCUCCAUUCUUCACUGGACUCUCUUCUCUCUGAUUUCAGAAGACUGUGCAGUAUUUCCUUAUUUGUCUUGCUUUUGAUCUGGCUCUUGUUGCUGUUUCAGGAGACGUGGGCAAUGUUUAUUUUGGACCAAACCAUCCAAUGAAGCCUCAUCGCCUCUGUAUGACUCACCAUCUUGUGCUCUCUUACGGACUCCACCAGAAGAUGGAGAUAUAUGUUAGUCAUAUACAGUGAUUUCGUUACUGUAAAUGACCCACCCACGCGCGUGUCGAUGUACUUGAAGCUGUCCUGCUGAAUUUCCUUCAUUAUGUAUGCAGCGUCCGCACAAGGCAUAUCCUGUUGAGCUUGCCCAGUUUCACUCGACAGACUAUGUGGAAUUUUUGCAUCGGAUUACUCCAGACAAGCAACAUCUAUUUCCAAAUGAAUUAAAAAAAUGUACGAGUGAGAGGCAUGCAGUUAUUUCCUCUCAAUGCAUAAUUUUUACAAGCGUCUUUAAGAGAGUUUCAGUUUCUAUGCUAAGCUGAACUUUGGAGCCCGGCUGCCAGUAUAUCAAUUUUUUUGCUUCUAAAUUAUACUCAGUCCUUGCAUUCUGUUACAUCUCUUUUCCAAAAUUUUGCAAAAAUAACUUGGAAUAAGAUUCACAUUUGCUGCAUUAUCAUGAAGAAAGGGACUCGAUGAGUAUUUUUUAUGCUAUGCACCCUGAUCCCAUCAGUUCAUCUUUGUCAAAUCUUUCUUUUUUCGGGCGCUAAAAGCUUCUUUUUGCAGAUAAUGUCGGGGAAGACUCCCCCAUAUUUGAUAAUUUAUUUGAGUUCUGUCAAAUUUAUGCUGGCGGCACGAUAGGUAAUAGCAAAUUUCACAAUACAAAAUAUUUUUCCAGGUGGGAUUAUAUUUCAAUUGCUUGAUUUUGUUUUUUAGAUGCUGCACGGAGAUUGAACAAUGGGUUAUGUGACAUUGCCAUUAAUUGGGCUGGUGGCUUGCACCAUGCAAAAAAGUGUCAGGCCUCUGGUUUUUGUUACAUCAAUGACUUGGUUUUAGGGAUUCUGGAACUUCUUAAGUAUCACGCUCGAGUUCUCUAUAUUGAUAUUGAUGUGCAUCAUGGAGAUGGAGUUGAAGAAGCCUUCUAUUUCACAGACAGGUAAAGUAAAAUUCCAUUUCAAAUCCAUGUGUUUAUUUAGUUAGAUUUACAGGAUAAUUGCGAUGUGUUUGAAGAGAAAGUGCAUGAUGCACAUGGAUUAAUGUAGUACGGUUUAUAGUAAUAGCCUUACUUGUUUUUCAGGGUGAUGACUGUUAGUUUUCACAAAUAUGGCGAUAUGUUCUUUCCUGGAACAGGAGAUGUUAAGGUAACUUUUUUCUGCUAUCUUUAUAGCUUACUACUAUGGUAGUGUAUGUAGUGUAUGAAGAUGUGAGAAUCUCAUCUUUUGAGCUACUUUGUCUGGUGUCAUCUUGUUUUAUUUAGUGGAUCGUGAAUUAUAAGAAAUGCUUGAGAGUUGCCAAUUUCCUUAUUUAGUUGCAUCCUCUGUGCUUUUAUUUUAGAAAAGUACAUCUGUCACUGCAGAUUAUUCUAAUUCUUGUGCAUGUUUCCAUCAGAUAUAGUUCUUCUUCGUAACAAAGUGCAAUGAGAUAACUGCACUUGCUUGGAUUUUACAGGAAACAGGAGAAAGAGAGGGAAAAUAUUAUGCCAUAAAUGUUCCACUCAAGGAUGGCAUAGAUGAUAAUAGUUUCACUCGCCUUUUCAAAACAGUAAGUUCAAAUAAACGGCUUCAUCUUGCAGUAGAAAAUUGAUGUAAAAAAAACGGGUCUGGGUUUUCUCGAGUUACCAUUCUUUUUUAGGGUUUCAGCAGAAUAUGUUCGUAUGCAGAUCAUUGCGAAGGUUGUUGAAAUAUAUUCGCCAGGAGCUAUUGUUCUCCAGUGUGGUGCUGACUCACUUGCUAGGGAUCGCCUGGGCUGCUUCAAUCUGUCCAUUGAUGGUGCUCGUCCUUAUCUUAAUCUUUUUUCUCAUUGUCAUCUAUGUGUUGCGCUACAAGUGGUUCUUAAAUCCGAAAAUAAUGACAGUAACGGUGGAAGUAAUUUUUUGUCCUUCAAGAGGCAAUCACUUGGGUUAACUAAUACGUCAUCAUCAUGAAAAUGUUUGAAGUGAAUAUUUACGUUGCCUUUUUGUUUAUCUUACUUAUUAACACUGGAAACACCAAAAUGCUAGGCUUCGAAUUUUAUGUUGUUUUAAUUUUCCAUGUUCGCAGCUAUCCUUUAGUGUUUGGCCUGGGUACAAGAUAUCCAGGCCAGCCUAAGAAAUUUGAGAUUAUCUGUAUUGGUUAAAUAUUUGAAUCCCUGGAAAGAAAAUUAUUGUCUCUGUAUAGGAAUCCUGCGUCCUGGGUCUUGAAUGAAAAUUGACUUAAACGGUUGGAAAGCAGUAUGGAAAAAAAAAUCUGAAAUUUUUGGGUUGCCACGAAUAAGCUGUCCAUUAACAACGCAUAAGGACCGCCAAUCUGAUUCCCAUGCUACCCUGAGUAGAGAGAGGCCUAUUAGGAUCUCUAAAAAGACCAAGGUCUCUUCUGGCAUCCCUGCCCAUUACGUAAAAGAUUUAAGCAGCUAACAACAAGGUGGCAUCAAUCAUGGGUAUCUGGUAGAAGAAGAGGGACUGGUAUGGAGAUUGCUGGCGAUUUACCACUGGCUAAAAUAGGUCAAACUAUUGAUGAAUCUUGAAGUGAAGUGAUAAGACAACAAAGGGGUUUUCCCCUUCGCAAAAUGCUUCUCUACAAUAAGUUGAGUAAUAAUUGUUUUUAUGGGAUUUGUGCCACCAUAAGAAAGGUAACAACACUUGAGGACAUUGUUGAAUUUUGGGCCUUAGCCCAAGUUCUAAUAAUACUCCACGUGGUCUUAAAGCCAGUGGUCAUAAUGCAAUAAGGCUUUAUGAGGUGAUAAAAUGAUAACGUGAGAUCAUAUAUAGGCUUAGAACUCAACAAGUUACAGAGUUAUAAUAAGAUCUUAUAGGGGUCCAGAGACAGGUAGUCAAAAAAUUCAGUAUGUCGCCAUGUAGGCUUGGAGCAUACUUUUCAAAGGAUCUUUGAGGACCUUAUUUAGACUCGGAGUUAAAUGCUGGUUAAAAAGAUUUAGUUAGACCAUAUGUGAAAACUGAGUCCUCUGGCGAAAGAAUCUGAUAAGACGUCAAUAAGACAAGUUCCAGUGAUCUAAAGAUCUAUGAAGACCUUAUGUGGUAGUGGUUGGAAGUUUCAAGAAGACCGUACUUACUUAUGAGAGUAUAGAAUCCGGUAGUCAGAGAAUUUAAUAAGACCUAACGUGGGCUUAACCUCCAGUAGUCUAAGCCAAUGUCACGAGGCCUUAGAGAUUUUGGUGAGCGUCUUCAACAAUUCUCAGGAUCAAAAUUUGAUCAAACUGAAUAAGUGAAGAGAUGGUUGAAGAAUGGGCUGCUUAUGCAUGGGUUGGACUUGGACUUGUGAGUUCGGCAUGGGGGUUAGAAGAGUCCGAUAGGACAAGAUGGAACAAGUUCUCAAGCUAUCUUAUAGGACAGAAGCCAAAGCAGAGUUUAUCAAUAAGCCCAGCAACCAAAAACGUUCUCUCAAGUCUCUCAAGAAUAUAAAAUAUAACAAGAAUUAUGACUUGUUGGGAAAGGAGACAGCCUUUAAGAGGCAAAAUAAUCCCCUUGUUUAAGUAAAUUUGAUCACAGAAGAAGCAGAAGAGACAGCUCUUAUUCUAAACUUUUCUUUGAAAUUCUCAUUUCUUGUUCUACACUUAGUAAGAGGAUCAAAGCUGCUCAUUCCAUUUGACCGAGCCAGUAUAUGUCAUGUUCGUGCCAGUAGAGUUACUGAUACCAUCAGAAUAAAUGAGUGCGAAAUGCCAGUCAACUUAUGCCAUGAUCAUAGUGUCAUAAUAAGGAAUUUUAUAACAUUUAAUCUUGUAUUAAGCAAUAAGUUGCACGGCGAAAGUCCUGUCGACAUUCUGCGAUUCGCAAAUCACUCUCAUUGAUUACAAGGUGUGAUCAUAUAAUUCACUCAAAGUGGAAAUGUGGCAUUUCACUCUUCUUCGCAAUAAUUCAAAUGUAGUCCCCUAUAUAUAAUACACUUUUCAUUCUUAUAUUUACUUUUUCAAUGUUUGCUUAUGCUUUGAUUGCUUUCUUUCUCGCAGGGCAUUCCGAAUGUGUAAAGUUCGUAAAAAAAUUUAAUUUACCUUUAUUGGUAUGUAUCAUUUUCCGCUUUCCCUUUCAUGUUUCUGUCUUCAGAAUAAGAGUCGAUUAUGUGCAAUGUUCUUCUGAAGGUCACUGGGGGUGGAGGAUACACAAAGGAGAACGUAGCUCGAUGUUGGACUGUUGAGACUGGCGUCCUAUUAGAUACAGAACUUUCGAAUGGUAUGGUACCUUUUUUAAUUUAUAUAAGUCUAAUCUGUUGGGACGCACAAUUUGAGUGAAGUGAGACAGGGUAUUUAUUAAUUCAUUAAUUCAUUAAUCUAUCUUAAAGAACAAAAAUAAAAUAAAAAUGGCGUAUAUUUCUAAGGUUAAGCCUAUAAAAGGUUUCUUCAUGCAUACUAUAGCUUCUCUAUCUCCUCCCUGCAGAAAUUCCAGACAAUGACUAUAUCAAGUAUUUCGGUCCAGACUACUCUUUGAAGAUUCAGAGUUCAAAUCUGGUAAGUGACUGGGUCCUUGACGCUGAAGAGCACAUCUUCAGCUCGGCCGAUUUACUUCUAGUUGCUGGUCCUGAACUGCAACUGUUGGAACUAUAUUCACUGAUUUCCGCCUCUGCCUUCAAAUUCAUAAAACUUGUUGGCUGUGUGGACCCUGUUUUAAGCGGCAAGUUGUGGAUUCUCAUGCUGCCCAGUUGAAUUUCUUCGUGUUCUAUGAUCAGGAGAACUUGAAUAGCAAGUCAUACAUCAGUGCGAUAAAGAGUCAAGUAUUCGAGAACUUGCGGUGCAUACAACAUGCUCCAAGCGUGCAGAUGCACGAGGUACCAAUCCAACCUUGACUGCUUCUGGGUUAUGUUCUUCUUGCCUUUAGCUAUCAAGGAAUUUUGUCAGAGUUCCUGGGUGCUGCAAUCAUUAUUACUUCAGAAAUUAGUUUCCGGAUUGAAUUCGGUCAGUGCUUAAAGUAAAGUUGUUUGGCAUUCAUAAUUUUUAGAAAUAUGAGGGGGGUGGUUCUUACUGAUCUUGUUGCAGGUGCCUCCCGACUUCUACAUCCCAGAUUUUGAUGAAGCUGAGCAGAAUCCUGAUGAGAGAAUGGACCGUAAGUCAACCUUCUUCCCCCAAUAAGCAGUGAUUAUUGUCGGGUGAUAUGGCUCAUGAGGAUCCAGGUCCCCCGUGAUAGACUUUGGGCCGCAGAAGUCAGCGCAGAAGCUGACUUUUUCUUGGGCAUAGAAAGCUUGUUUUCCUCGAAUGAAACUCCUCUUCCUCCUGAUUGUUUUCUUUUUUAAUGCCACCGGGAGGAUUUGAGCAGAAGAAGUAAUCCGUGGUCGUUGUCCUCCCUUUUCAGAGCAUGCUCAAGACAAGCAGAUUCAGCGCGACGAUGAGUACUACGACGGCGACAACGACAACAUGGACGACGGCACCUAA